AUCCAGGACGCAUUCGUCGAAGUAUCCCGUGAUGGUCUUCAUCCAUGGCGAGUCGUUCGAAUGGAAUUCAGGAAAUCCGUACGAUGGAAGCGUACUGGCAUCGUACGGGAAAGUUAUCGUCGUCACUUUGAAUUUUCGUUUGGGCAUAUUAGGAUUCCUGAAAGUGGGUCUAGAGGAAACGUCGAAGAGCAACUUCGGCCUCAUUGACCAAGUGGCCGCAUUGCUAUGGGUGCACGAUAACAUUGCAGCGUUUGGAGGAAAUCCAAAUUCCAUAACUUUGUUCGGCCACGGAACGGGCGCCGCAUGUAUAAGCCUCUUGAUGUUAUCACCGAUGGUCGCCCGCGAGGGAUACCCCCUCUUCAAUCGCGCCAUCCUCAUGGGCGGGACGUCGUUGUCCGAUUGGGCUCUGGCUGGAACAUCCAGACAAGUAACUUAUCAAGUUGCGGAAUCACUGAAUUGUCCAACCGAUGAUAAAAUGGCAGCGUGUUUGCGUAAGAAACGGAUCAACGAAAUCAUGAAUGUGGUUGCCACCACGAGGGAGUAUAUGACCAAGUUUGGGCCCAUCGUCGAUGGUCUGGUCAUUCCGAACGAGCCUAAUAAAAUAAUGAAGCACUACAACGACUUCUUUAGGAAGUUCGAGCUGAUGUACGGAUUAACCGAAGUGGAAAGUUUGAAUCUCCUCAAUCCUGUAGCCUUGACACAUGGAAUGCUGGAAAGGGAAAGAGAUCAGGAGCUGAGGAAAUACCUAUACACAAAGUGCGAAUACAAACCGGAACUGUAUUUAGCGCACACGCUGAAAGCAUACAUCGGGGAUGGAUUUGAAAAGAUCCAAGGAUUCACUGGUCACGAACCCGAUAGAGCCUCAAUGGCAAGAGAUACUCUUUUGGAUAUGCUAUCGGAUGCGAGAUCUGCAGCUCCCAUAGCCCUGAUGGCUAAAUACCAUUCCACCGUGAACCCUCAAAGCUAUUUCUACGUGUUUGGCCACACGACUGCAUCCAGAGACUUUAUUCGCAACAAGACGACCCACGGCGAAGAACUGCCCUACGUCUUCGGCGUGCCUCUGGACGGCCCCAAAUUUCAUUUCGUGGAUCAUUACAGCAACCAAGAGAGGCUGUUCUCUGAAGUUGUUAUGUCGUUCUGGACCAAUUUCGCCUAUACAGGUAAUCCAAAUAUUCUUAAGCAUGACUAUCUAACAGGAACUCCUUUAGACUGGAGACAGUACGAUAUCGAAUGGCCUGAGUAUGACCAAUCUAACGAGAAAUAUCUAUACUUAGCAAUACCACCACAAAUCAGAUACCAUUAUAGAAGCAACGAAAUUAAUUACUGGAAUGAUAAAUUUCCUAGUAUACUUACCAAUCAUACGAGCCUUGUAUUUUCAAGUAAACCAACCGUUAAAACUACCUAUUUUCCAGCUCCACCAAAACAGCCAUCCAGAAAUAUUCCACCAUGGUUUCCUUUCGGAAAAGGAACGUCAACGGACAAAAUCAAGAAAAUUGAUAAACCAAUUGAUGUUGCAUAUGGAACCAUAAAAUUAAAAGCAGAUGAUAGUUAUGUUGGUAGCAAUAUAAAAAAAGAGUUUGGAACUGUAAUAUCAAACGAACCACCCGCGAAAGGUGGAUUAACUAUGAACGUUUUAAUAGCAGGAUGUUUCUUUUUACUUCUAAAUGUAGUUAUAUUUAUCAUUAUAUUAUGUUAUAAAUGUACGCGCAUGAAAACUAGAGAAAAUCAUCAAAAACGAACGUAUGAAGAGAAUUACGAUCCUAAUGAAGGUUCCUCAAGAAAAAAUCCUAAUUCAGAAGAUGAUUUACAAAACAGUUGUGGACUUAUCAGAAUGAUUGGUGGAAAAUCACCUAAAGCUAACGAUUUAUAUGAUGCUAGUAAAAUGAAUGAAGAUAACUCUUCUAAAUAUAAAUUGAGUCGUCAAUUGUCUGCCAGUACAAUUGAUCCGCAUACUAAAGUGAGAGAUUGGAUUGCACAUGAAAUUGUGCAACGGUGCAGUCCUAAAUGUUUACGUAGACCGAAGCAGGAAGUUCCAUUGAAUAAUCAGCAUGCAAGAACUGAUUCGAAAACAACCGAAAGUAAUUCGACUUUAGGGAAAAGCCCGACAAGACCCGUCAGCCCGGUCGAAAUGGAACGGAAAAAUGUGACAAAGCAGAAGGCAAAAGCAAAAAAAGUGUCUGUAGCUAUAGAUGCGACACCGGGUGCUCGUAGUGCAAGUGUACUGAGGCAAGAACCUAUUGAGGUUACUAAAUAUUUAGAGAAAGAAGCAGCGCUGCGGAGAUCUGCAACUCUGGAUAACUUUCUAGAAAUGAAAGUUGCCCCAGAGUUACGUAGAAGUUUUACGAAUGUUGACAUGGAUUCUACUAUUGUUAAAAUAGAGCAUCACCAUGCAAAAUCCAAGUCUGAGCCGAUGCAAGACUUGAUCUACUCCACGCCCAUAAAGAAAAUGAAAACGUUCGAUCCGAAUUACGAUAUUAAUGUCACGAGUCGUGAGGAGGAAGAUUUAAUACCGCUAACUCCGGAAGAGUCCCUGAUGACAAUUAAACGACGUAAUUUUCCGAAAGUUUUACCCGACUAUCCGGAUGCAACUCUGGCCCAUAAAAGACGAUCAAUGCCGGCUCCAACUCAUUUAUUUUUACCAAUACCUGAAAAUGCAUGCCACUCGCAACCGAAUUCCCCGACUAAUAAAUCAAUCAAAUUUCCACCUGCGCCGCCACCCCGUAGCUCUUCUACUCUCGGAAGAAAACCCUGCAACACAUCGCCGAUCAAUUCUCGCUCACCUGCGAUAUUCGCGGAAGAGCCACCGGCCCCAAUGGAACCUGAAAUUACCUGCAAUAAUCUGUACGUGGGACCUCUAAUACCGGUGAGAAAAAUGGAACCAAUUUACGACACUCUAAAGAAGACGAGCGACGAUAGGAGAAUUGAAAAACUACCGAAAACUAUAAUUACCACCGACCCUAAUAAUCCAAUUAAGAAGUGCGAACCGAAGGUGAUAAUUAAGCCGACAAUUACGAGGAACAAUGAAAUCCGCAAAGGUAUUCCACGCGUAAUGGCUAAAGAUAAUAUCCAUGAAGCAAAAGUUACGGAGAAGGAACUGCAGGAAGGCGGUGAAGAGGAGAAACCGUUCAAAGCGAGAACUCCCUCACAAAUACCGAAAUUAAUUAAAAAUUCCAAUCCGAGUUUGAAUAAAGAAAGCAGCUCAGAGUCAUCAUCGCCGUCGGAUGAAUCGGAGACGGGCACUGUCAUUAAAAAAGUUUAAUUUAGACUGUUUCUACCGAAAUUGUACUGAUUAGUAUAGUGUUCAGUAUUUUAUGAUAUUCAGUAUUUAUAUGUGUGUUCACAUUAUUUAUCUCCUAUCUCAUUAUUAAUCAUAUGUCCUAAUAAAGUUAAGAGUGUGUUUUAUUACUAGCCGAGUAAGUUUUCUAUUGCGUAAUAUUAAUAAAUGUUUUAUUAAAACGUUUCUCUUUCAUUGAGAGUGCCAAUUGUGACGGUAGCUUGGAGUUUGUGUGUAAAUUGGAAACAUUUAAGCAAUAGUGUGAGGCUGAAGAGAGAGGUCGAGCGUGAUCGAGAGAGAGAGAGAGAAAGUAGAGUCCUUUAUUUUAUUUGCCGCUUCCGUUUCCUUUUUCAGAGUCCUAUAUCAGAAACCAAUAUGUAUGGAAAUGAUUCCAUCGUGGAGGGCUGCUACUGUAUUCAACCGGGCGAUGUUUCCCGUUCAGAUCUUACAUGUUUAAAAAGUCUUUUGUUCAAUCUAACGGCACUUGUUUUAAACACUGUUCCUGUGAUCUGAUUUGAAUUUCAAUUAUUUCUCCUUUUCAAAUACCUCUCACCUGAUAAAGCAUUCAAAAUAAAACGAAAACCAGGCGAGCAAAGAAAAGAAGAAAAAAAAAAACAACAGGGACGCUGAUUGCAAUUUACUUGAACAAAUGCAAAAAUAAUUGGAGAUUUCAGAAUGCAAUGUUGCGAAGGAAACGUUGGAAUAAAGCACUCAGGAUAAAUUUAAUUUAA